AUGUCGGGCGUCAAGAAUCUUCGAGCCAUGUUCGAGCAAAAGAAUGAACCAGGCGACAGCCCGCCAGAUAGAGGUAGAUCUCCUGGUCCCGGCAAUUCAUCCCUCGGUUCACCUACACCACCCUCACGCCCGCUGUCGAAAGUACGCACAAACUUUGUUGCCUUUGAAAAGGACGGUCGGGUAGGGUUGCGACGAGAACCCAGUGGAGACUCCAUAUCCGCCUCAAGUAGGAGGUUGAGCAACGAGACGGACAACUCCACGACAGCACCCGCACAAGACAAGAACGAUCCUUUUACGGAAAACAUGGCCAAGAACGUGUCCGCUUUUAAAACAAACCUGGCCACUGAGCCAAUUCCAGAAUCGCCUGUAGCCGAUUCAUCUGCCAAACUGUCGCCCAAGAAGGGCACUGAGACGCCCGAGAUCACUCAUGGACCAAACCCCGACAAGAUCGUGGACGAGGAGGAGACGCAUACCAAACUCACAGCAGCUGAUCCUACAGUCCAUGAAACUGCUGAGAGCACACCAAGCGAGUCCAAUGGAACAUCAGAACCAAAUGAGAAGGUGGAAGAUGCGGCACAAGAGGAGGUGAAGGAGCAAAUACAAGAGACAAGUCCUGCGAGCAAGCCACCGGUAGAAGCAACUUCUCCUACACCAGCAUCUACCAAGACGACCUCCCGGUUAUUGGGAUCCCCCUCCGCGGUCCGGACACCAAGAAGCCCUGCCAAAGGGUCAACCCAAGAGACAGGCAAGGUCCCAGAAAAGAAGCCAAUUUCCACCGCUCCCAAAGAGAGCACUUCGAGAAACGCAGCGUUGAAGCCGCAGCCUUCGGGCAAAAAGACUAGUGCGCGAGACCUGUCGCCGGCAGCUGAAGCCGUCAAGCCCAAGGUGAAAUCGCCGACUCGGCCAACCAAGGUGCCAUCGAGUAUCCUCGCGCCCACGACUGCUUCCAGCUCCAAGCUUGGCAGCAGUGUCCCUCCUCCAAGGCGAUCUCUUUCUAGAGAGCCCAACAACACAAGGGCUCCAGCAGUCUCCAACAGACCAGCCAGUAGAGCCAGCGGCGUCUCGCCUGCAGGGACUGCACCCCCUGCAAAGACCCUCAGACGUCAAGCUUCAACUAUUAACCGAGCACGGCCAAGUUUGGGACUACCACCAAAGACCCAGGCAAAGGAUCAUCCUCCAACCCGCAAAGAGGCUCCUGUGGACGAGGGCUUCCUAGCCCGUAUGAUGCGACCAACGCAGAGUAGUGCUAGCAAAGCUGCUGACAAAGUGCCCAUCACUCCACCUCGGAAACAGGUCACUACCAGUACGGCAAAGAAACCGAUGAAUAAGGACGGAGAGGCCAACGCCAAGAAGGCAGCUACAAAGCUCGCGGAUAUAGUCAAAAAGGACACCAGUGUCAAGAACACAACCACAGCCAAGUCAGAGGUCAAGAAGACCGUUGCAAAAACCGCGGCCAAGAAUACCGAGCCUUCGGCAAAUGAAGUAGCGCCCGUAGCUGCUCAAACGGAAAGUGCAGAGGUUGCUAUUGAGGCGGCCAAGACUUCGACAGAUACAAUUGUCGUUCCCCAGAUACAGAGCCAGGUAUCAGAUAAGGCGAAGACUGAAGCCGCACCGCUCUCAGAAGCAUCCGAGCCGACACCGGAGCCGGAAUCGCAGGCGGAGGUCAAGAUUGAGGUUGAGACAAAGGAGGCUGUUCCGGAGUCUACGGAGUCCAAGCUUGCGACUCCCGCAGAGAUUGAGGUGCCUGCAACCGUUCCGGUUGAAGCAACCAAUGGGACAAAUGGUCAUGCUCUCCCGCCAAAGGCGGAGGACAAUCUCCUCAAUGAGGGAGUAGAGGCCAUUGAGCAAGAAAAGGCUACACCCACUAUCGCUGCAGACCCCAAGAAGGUCGAAGAUAUUGAGGACGUGGUCCAAGAAUCCUCUGCAUGA